AUGUCAUCAGCUGAUUCAGUUAAGGUUGCUGUGAGAGUAAGACCAUUCAAGGAUUACGAAAUUGAAGGUAAAUCAAAAUGUAUUGUACAAAUGAAUGGUCCACAGACCAUCUUGGUCGAUCCUGCCUCAGGAAAGGAAAACAAAUUUACUUUUGACUAUUCUUAUUGGAGCUUUAAUAGCGCUGAUGCCAACUUUGCUGAUAACAAAGUUCUGUGGAAUGAUAUGGGAGAAUCUAUGCUUGCUAACUGUUGGCAAGGAUACAACACCUCCAUGUUUGCCUAUGGUCAAACUGGUUCUGGUAAAUCAUACAGUAUGAUUGGUUAUCCAGGAAAGGAUGAAGGUUUAGUCACUAUGGCUUCUAAGCGUAUUUUCCAAAAGAUUGAAGAAUCAAAGUCUCAAAACACAGUUCCUAUUGAAUAUGGUGUUGAAGCCUCCAUGUUGGAAAUUUAUAACGAAGAAAUUAAGGAUCUUUUCAAUCCAAAGAACAAUCCAACAGGUGGUCUAAAAAUCAGAGAAAAUCCACAAACAGGUGUCUAUAUUGAGGGUUUGUCAAAGCACGUUGCUCAAGGAGAGGAUCAAAUUUUAAAGUUGUUGAAGCAAGGUGAAGAUGCUAGAACUACUGGUGCUACUGCCAUGAAUAAGACAUCAUCUAGAGCUCACACCGUUUUUAUUUUAUAUGUAAAGCAAACCGUUCAACAUCCUGAAACAAAGCAAAAAGUUCAAAAGGUUUCCUCCAUCAAUCUUGUCGACUUGGCAGGUUCCGAAAGAAUGGCCAGAACUGGUGCUACUGGUGCUAGAGCUCAAGAAGGUAUUAACAUUAACCUUUCAUUGACCUCUUUGGGUAAUGUUAUUAAGGCUCUUGCUGAUAAGUGCACAGGAAAAAACUCUACUGCCUUCAUUCCAUACAGAGAUUCCAAGUUAACUCACCUUCUUAAGGAAUCUUUGGGUGGUAACUCUAGAACUAUUAUGAUUGCUGCUAUUUCUCCUGCUGAUGUCAACUAUGAUGAAUCUCUCUCAACCCUCAGAUAUGCUGACAGAGCUAAACAAAUUGUCAACAAGGCUAUUGUUAACGAAGAUCCUUCUGCCAAGAUUAUCAGUCAAUUGAGAGCUGAAGUUGAAAGAUUGAAGAAUCAACUUGCUGGUAAGGGUAUUGUUCCUGCUGGAGAAAAUACUGAGGGUUCUACUGGAGUUCCUGGAGGAAUUGCCCAAGCAGAGUAUGACAAGUUGAAGGAGCAAUUAGAUGCCUCCCAAAAGCUUAUCACUGAAAUGCAAAUGACCACCGAAGAAAAGAUUAAAAGAACUGAAGAAAUGGCAAAGGAGAGAGAAGAAUUUUUCAAGGAAAUGAAUGUUGAACUUGAUUUCGAUAAGAACAAGUUGCAUAUUAGUAACCUUAAUGAAGAUCCAUUGUUGAGUGGAAAACUUAACUAUUAUGUUCAAGAACCAACAAAUAUUGGUGCUGCUGAAGGAAACACUGUCAGAAUUCAAGGUGCUGGUAUUUUAGACUCACAUGCCACAAUUUCUGCCGGUUUUAUCACUCCAUCUGAAAAUGCCAAAGUUUAUGUUAACGGUGUAGAAAUUAAGGAAAAGACAAAGAUCAAGAAUGGAGACAGACUUGUUAUCGGUUCCAGAUUGAUCUAUCAAUACAAUAACCCUAGUGAAGGCGCUGUUAACAACUCUGAUUGGAAACUUGCAUGGGAUGAAUUCAGUAAGAAUUUGAUUGAUGAAAAGACUAACCAACUUGUUGAAAUGGAAAGACAACAACAAGAAAUGGCAAGAUCCUUAGCUCUUAAGCAAAGUGAACUUCUUCUUAAUGCCGAAAAGGACACUAAGGCAAUGUUAGAACAAAUGAGAUUGAUUGAAUUAGAAAAGGAAGAAAAGGAAAGAGACUUCCAAAGAAAGGAAUUGGAAAUGUCUAUGAAGUUGUUCGAUAUGGAAAAUAGACUUCAACAAGAAAUGGCUGAAAAGUCCCAAAUAAUCAUAGAAAAAGCUGUAAAGACAACUGUUAUUGCCUCCUCUGCUAGUACCGAUUCAGUUUCUCAAUUAGUUCCUUGGAUUCAAGAAGCUUCUAUCAUGGUAGCUGAACUUAAGAGAAGUAUUGCUAUUGAUCUUAAACUUGUCGGUUCUCAAAUUGAAGUUGAAGUUACUGAUCUUGAAACUGGUCACUCUGAAACAUGGACUCGUGAUAUGUUUGAAACCAGAUUGAAUCAAUUGAGAAGCUUCCACUUGGCUAUAAUGAAUGGAAAUUAUGUUGAUAACUCUGCUGAUCCAUUCCUUUCAUUGAAGACUGUUGAAGCUAAUGUUGAAGCUGCUGUAGUUGAUCCAUCAGUUUUGAAGGAAAAGAUUACAACUUUGGAGCAAGUUAAUCAACAAUUAACCAGCGAAAAGACAAACUUGAUUGUUGAUCUUAACAUUGCUUUGGCUGAAAAUGAAUCUUUGCGUUCAAGAGUUAAGAAGACUGGUAAGGCCAAUGUCGGUUCAAAGUAUUACAGAAAACUCAAGAAGAAUAUCAAGAAACUUGAACAAGAUAUUGCUGCUAUCAGUUCUAAGCAAAAAGCUAGGGAAAUUCUCUCCGAAUUUGAUGAUCUUGUUGGAGACAGUGAUUCAGGAAGCAGCAGUGAUUCUGAUUCUGACAAUGAUUUCGAUGCCAUGAUGAGAAAGGCUAGAUCUUUGACAAAGACUGCUGUUAAGGAAGUUUCUAAUGCUUUGGACGAUAGUGUUCCUCCUCCAAAGAGUGGAAAGAAAUCAAAGGGAGAAAAGAACCAAUCUCAAAUUUGUAACAUUCAAUAAAUCGAUUUGUAAAUAUUU